AUGGCUAAAUACAGUAGCAAAUAUAUUCGUGACUUUGCGACUUUAACUGCCCCACUUAGAGAACUAACGAAAAAGAAUGCACGAUUUACAUGGUUGCCAAAACACCAAGCAUGUUUUGACAAAUUGAAAGCAACCUUAGCAUCAGCAAAAUGUAUGUCAUACUUUGCUAAAGACAAAGAGACACAAGUCAUUGUAGAUGCUAGUCCUGUGGGCAUCUUAGCAAUUCUAUCACAACAGGAACCAGGUACGAAUAAUCCUAAAAUUGUUGCAUAUGCAAGCAGAUCCCUACAUGUAACAGACACAGAAACACGUUAUUUACAAACAGAAAAUUAAAGGAAGCUUUAGCAAUAGUUUGGUCUGUUGAACAUUUUCAUUCAUUUAGCAUUAGCCAUUUCACUCUAGUUACAGAUCACAAACCGUUAGAAGUGAUUUAUGGAAGUCGAAAGGCGAAAGCUUCAGCAAGAAUCGAGCGCUGGAUCCUUCGAUCCGGCGCGAAUAAUCCAGCCGACUAUUUAUCGAGACAUCCAUCAACCCCAAUUCACGAAAGCAAGAGAAAAUGA